CUUCCUGCCGCUCUCUCAUCUUCGUCUGGCAAUCCACCUGCAUCAAUCUGUUCGCAUCCACCACCACCACCACCACCACCACCACCACCGUCACCACGCACGCUGCUCAUGUCGAUCACCAAGCCCACCUCUCUGAAACUCACCUACUUUGACAUGCCCGGCAAGGCUGAAACCAGUCGCCUGGCAUUCUUUGUUGGAGGCAUCGAGUUCGAGGACGAGCGCCUCACCCGCGAGCAGUUCCAGGCCCUGAAACCCUCGCUGCCCUUUGGCCAGGUUCCGAUCCUGACGAUCAACGGCGAGCUUGUCAUUGCCCAGUCCAAGGCCAUCCUGCAUUAUGCAGGCAUCCUCUCGGGCCUGUACCCCGGCAAUGACGAUCUCCUUGCCACACUCCUGAUCGACCAGGUCGUCGAGGCGAUCGAAGACAUCUGGCUCAAGCUGCGUUCGUGCAUCUUCGAGACAGACGAGGCCAAAAAGUCCCAGCUGCGCCAAGCCCUCAUCAGCGAUGUCUAUCCGCCGAUGCUUGCAGCCUUUGACAAGUUCCUCGAGAAGCACAGCGGCGCUUACGCCGUCGGCAACAGCGUCUCCAUCGCCGACCUUCGCAUCUACAUCAUGUUUGACAUGCUCUCAGGAUCCAGCCCGCACGUCGCAUGGAUUCCCAACGAUCUGAUCGCACCCUAUGCCAACAUCGCCCGGGUCUUCAACUCCAUCAAGGCUCAUCCGCGCGUGGUCGAGUGGGAAGCCAAGAACGCUGCUCGUCAAAAGUAAUACAUGGCUGGCGCUCUGCUAUCAUGAUCGACCCAGAUCCCAGAAGCGUCCACACUGCCAGGAUACCAUGUCUCGCUGGUGCGCACGGUCCCGUCCAGAGUAUCGCCCAUUCACUCUCGAACCAGAUUGCUUUCCCCACCUGGCUUGUGGCCUUCACUCUCCCCGCACCCGUUUGUUUCCAUGAUCACACGGGGCUGCUCAGUCGCUCGCUCCCACGGAGUGCUCUUGCGAAGUUCCCCCCCCCC